AAAUUUCGUUGUUCUGAUAAUAACUUAUCGCAUCAAUUCAGGGUCUCUAUAUAAACAGAAUCUCGAUUAUCACCUUGUUCUCCUCGUCAUUAGUUCGCAUCAGUUAAGUCGCGCCUGAUUUAGUAAACAAAAAUAUUGCGAAAAUGGUGAAUACGAUUAAAGUCCCUCCUGACGGUGGCUACGCCUGGGUUAUAGUCCUAGCAAACGCUAUAAGCAAUCUCAUAAUAGUCCCAUUAAUUCAAACAUUCGGCCUUAUCUUUAAAGAUACCUUCGCCGCAAUGGGCUUAUCAGCAACCCAAGGCUCCCUUAUAAUUAACUUAAACGCCGCUUUCGGCAUGAUCAUGGGUCUUUUCAAUGGUCUCCUACUGAAAGUCUUCGGAUACCGCAAAAUCGCAAUGACUGCGUCUCUCCUAACAACAUUAGGAAUCAUCAUGACAGCAUAUUCCAGCACCUUCACCCAUUUCAUGAUUUCUUACGGUCUGAUAACAUCACUCGGCAUGGGCAUGAAUAUGUCGGCUUACAGUCUCGCACUCAACAGUUAUUUCCGCAAAAAUAGAGGCAAAGCGGUCGGAUAUGCCAUGACUAUCACAGGCCUAGGACCGAUUUUGAUGCCACAAUUAAUAAAUGUUUUAAUGAAAAUGCAUGCAGUACAAGGAGUAACCCUGAUACUGGCUGGAAUUGCCGCUCAUUCUUUCGUUGCUGCAAGCUUACUACAACCAGUUAAGUGGCACUUAAAAACAGAAAUCGUCGAGGAAACAAAAGAGGAGAAAAAAACCGAAGAAACAAAAAUUCAACUCUACAGGAGCGUAUCACAAAUCGAGAAAAAAUCAUUAGAUAAUUCCAACGAAUCGUUGGAUGGGCUAGAAAACGGACCUAUUUACGGACUUGACUCGGCACUAGCCGGAAGCGUAAUGUCCCUACAUUCAGUCAAGCGCAGAGCUUCGGUAGUGUCCCAAAACUGGAAAAAAGCCUCAAUUCGUAGUCUAAACGCCCGGGAAAUCGUCUACAAUCCCGAAAUGACUAAACCAAUAAAAAAGAAAACAUCCUGGGAGCGUGUAUCUAAUUUUUUCGACCUGGAUCUCUUCAAAGAUCCGAUCUACGUCAACAUCAUGAUUGGACUAUCACUUGCUGUUUUCGCCGAAAUUAAUUUCUCCCUCUUGACUGCGUUUAUUUUGAACGAAUUUGGUCUAACGACCGAUCAAAUCGCAACAUUUAUGUCGAUUUUGGGGAUUGCUGAUAUCAUUUUUCGGUUUUUGGCGCCUUAUAUCGGACAAUUCUUAAAUUUAACGCCGAGACCUAUGUAUGUUUUUACCCUAUUUAUGUUAAUGGUGACACGCUUUUCACUUUUAAUUUCAAACAAUUAUUUCAUUUUAUUGGGGGUUGCUUUGGGUUUAGGGAUCGCGAAAGGAAUCCGGACCGUUUACAUGUCGCUCGUAAUCCCGACUUAUGUCCCCAUUGAGAAACUAGCCUCGGCCGGGGGGCUCCAAAUGAUGGUCAAUGGGUUCUGUAUUUUAAUCGGGGGCCCCAUUAUUGGGAAAAUCCGGGAUAUUACCGGAAGCUACACCCUAUGUAUAGUAACUUUAAACUGUAUCACAUUUUCCACGAUUGUAAUUUGGACGAUGGAAGCCGUUAUUAGAAAAAUCAACGCAAAGAAGAGCCUCAAGACUGAACCACUGGAACAAUCAGACACUCUACUCUAAAACCAUGACAGUAUUUAACACGUCCCAGAUUAAUUAUUUAUAAUAAAAUUUUAAAUAAUUAA